AUGUCGAUCGUGUCCGGAACCGGAGCUGUCCAUCUCACUGACGACGUGCGCUCGGCUGUCGUCGCCGUCAGCAAGCGCUACCACUUCACCACCACCACCUCCGCCAGCGACAACUCGCCGCUCUUCGUGCCCUUCUGCACCCUCAAGUUCGUCGACGGCAAGCAGUCCUGCCUCACCAUCGACACCGUCUCCGCCACCACGCCAGCCUCUUCUUCAUCAUCGGACUCCGGCAGCGAGAUGGCGGCGGCGACGUGGGAGAGCCUGGUGGCGAGCCUGCCGCGCGACCAGUGCCGCAUGGCCGUGGCGCAGAUGCCGUGGCGAGCCCACGCCGAUGGCGUCGUGCGGUCGCGCCUGGUGUUCAUCCUGUGGGCGCCCGAGGCCACGUCGACCAAGGAGCGCAUGGUGGCGAGCAUGUUCGCCAAGGGCGCCAAGGGCCUCAUCGACCAGUGGGGCGCCGGCAUGAGCCUGCCCAUCCAGGCCGCCGGCGUCGAUGACCUCGCCCUCGAGGACGUCGAGGACAAGAUCCGGGCCAAGGCCACCGUCAAGUAG